AUGGCACUAGAUACUGGCCUCCAAGGCGUUCAUGUCCUAAUCACAGGAGCAUCUGGGGGCAUCGGAAUCGAGGUAACACGCAGCUUUCUCCAGCUUGGUGCCAAAGUCUCUGCCCAUUACAACAGCUCUCAACGAGAACUCUCCGAGAUCAGUUCAUCCAGCUUGAAAGCAAUACAAGCAGAACUGACUCGCGAGGACGAUAUCGUCAAGCUUUUCGACGCAGCCGAGGAAGCGUAUGGCACUCCAGUUCAGAUCCUAAUUGUCAAUCAUGGUGUGUGGCCGACACAAUCAGUCGAGCUCGCAGAUAUGACGCUCUCUCAGUGGCGAAAUACCCAUGCUGUCAACCUUGAUGGCUCCUUUCUCUUGUGUCGCGACUUUCUGCGUCGUCUGCGUGGGAAAUCUGCACAAAUAUUAGAGCCUGUCAGCAUCUGCUUCAUUGGAAGCACUGCAGGCAAGUUUGGUGAAGCAGACCAUGCCGACUAUUCAAGCACAAAAUCAGCAUUGAUGUAUGGUCUCACGAGAAGUCUGAAGAACGAAAUUAUCAGAAUAGCACCAAAAGGGAGAGUCAACAGCGUUGAUCCCGGUUAUGUCAAGACACCUUUGGUGGAGGAAGUUACGAAGAAUGAAAAGCUCAUGGCAGUAGCACUGGCCAGCACUCCUUUACGGAAAACCGCACUGCCAAUUGAUAUUGCGAACCAAGUUGUGGUUGUCAGCAGUCCAACUUUAAGCGGACAUCUAACAGGCGUAAAUGUUUCUGUUGAUGGAGGGAUGGAGGGGCGGUGUCUGUUUCCACCUCAGGCUUAA